AUGCCAUACAUCUUUGGCCUCUCUGCGCCGACCGAGCCCGCACUUCUUGAUCUUCGUGAUCAAUAUGUACAUUGGCUACAGUCUCCCCAAGGCGAAUCCAUCCGACUUGCGGAUGUCGUCUACACUACCAUUGCCCACCGGCCCGUCCAGUCUCACCGCCUUUCGAUUUCAGCUAGCACGAAGCCUGAGCUUGUAGAGAAACUUCGCUCAGCUACGGUGGUACAGGCUUCACAAGAAGCAGCUCGCGUGGCCUUCGUGUUUUCGGGCCAGGGAAGUCAAUACCUGGGAAUGGGGCGCUCACUCUAUCAAACUUCGACGUUGUUCCGACAGCACAUUGAUCAGUGUCAUGCGAUCUUGAUCGACAUGGGGCUUCCAGGGGUGCUCCCCGUCGUCACUGCAGGCGCGGAAGGAAGUGGAUUGUCGCCUUUGGAGGAGUUCCAGGCGUAUCAGACGGGUGUCUUUGCCGUUGAAUUUGCUCUCGCUAAACUCUGGAUAUCUUGGGGAUUGAAGCCAGCGCUGGUCGCUGGACAGGGUCUAGGGGAGUAUGCGGCCCUGGUCGUUGCCGGUGUGCUGACACUUGAAGGGGCGUUGACCAUCGUCGCCAGCCGAGUACAGCUGCUGAUCAGAGAAUGCGUGGCUAACUCGAACGGAAUGCUCGUAGUUUCGCUUGCUCCGUCCGCAGUACGAGAAGCCCUCCAUACGUCCGAGCACUUCGAUUUGCUGUCUAUCUCCUGUUGUAACAGUGCAUUCGAUUGCGUCAUCUCAGGGCCGCUGUGGCAACUCAAGGCGCUCAAAGACUAUCUCGACGCUGAGGUUCACUGCCGAUCUAAAUUCCUCACGAUCCCUUACGAUUUUGCAAGCUCGAAGGCAUUCAAGUCACUAGACGAUGAUAUCAAUAUCACGACGAGUAGGAUUGAAAUUUUUGCACCGAUUAUUCCUGUUUUGUCAAAUCAAUUCGGGGAGGUGAUCAUGCCUGGAGAUAGGUCGACGUUCGACGGGGUGUACUUUGCAAGGCACUCCGCGCACCCCAUGCCCUUUGAUAAAGGAACGCUCCAAAGUCUAUGUAUGCACGCAAGUCUACACAUGGACGCUUGGGUGGAUAUCAGCCCGCAUGCGACAUCCUUCCCUAUGCUCGAGUCCAGUCCCAGUGUUUCUGAGGAUGCAUCUUUGGAGUCUUUACGACGGCAACAAACAGCAUGGUCUCUACUUGCGGCAACGCUAUCCGACCUUUACGUGGCAAACGUCAACAUCCGCUGGAGGGACGUAUUCAGCCAACUUGCCUCCUCCUCCUGUUCGAAGGUGCCCUCCAACUCUUUGCCAAAAGCGAAACAUUCUGUUCGGUUCCAAGACGAAGAACCAUCCGAGCGUUUAUCGGCCAUACACGAUGAGCCAGCGCUGAUCGCAGCCCACCCAUUCCUCCAUUCAUGGGCGCAGUUUCCAUCUAGUGAUAACGGCCUUGUCGCCGUUUUCGAAACUCCUGCGACUCGACUCGUCGACUACGUCAAAGAUCACAUCGUGUGUGGUUCUUCUGCCGUAUGCCCCGUUUCUGUCUUCUCCGAAUUGGUGCUUUCGGCAAUAUCUAUGUCUAAACGGCAUCUGGGAAUCAGCUAUCAAGACUCUGAUGUCCUUCUUCGACAAAUGCACUUUAGCAGGCCGUUUAUCUUCAACGAAGACGCAUCGCAAACGAUCAUCACGAGUAUCACGCUCAACAACGGCUUCGGUAUUUUUAGUAUCCAUUCAAGGUCAGGGAGCUUUCAGGCUGAGGAUAUACACAUGAAUGGGGAGUACCGCCUCCAAGCCACCCAUCUCCGUGCUUCGAAGUUCAACCGUGCACUGGCUAGCAUAGAGCGACACGUCGACACCCUGUGUGACAUGUCCGCCAACAACGAACUUCAAUUCUUUUCGUCGCGCACCGUGUUCGACGUCCUAUUCCGCCGCAUCAUCACGUACGGAGAGCGAUACCGUACCUUGGAAUCCUUUACCCUUUCGCCUCGAGGGAUGGAAGCUGUUGCUCAAUUUAAGCUUCCCGCGUCCCUGGUUCGCGCAGGCGAAGGCUAUUUCAUCCAACCGGCAUUCGUCGAAGCCCUGGUCCAGGUGGCGAACCUCACAGCCGACCUUAGCAGUGGAAGCCAGGAUGCUUUUCUCUGCAGCGAGUUGGGCUCCUUGCGUACCAUCCCGAGCCAGAUCAACGCCACCGCCCAGCAUACAUUAUAUUGCAGCGCUGCAUCUUUGGAAGACGGUAGACUGAUGGUCGCUGACGUAUAUGCCAUAGCCGACACAGGAUCUGGAUCCAGACAGCUCGUGGCGCAUCUAAAGGGGCUUCAGCUCCGUCGUGUCCGGGUUGAUGUCCUUCGCAGAGGGUUGUCUGUAUUGGCGACAACAUCUUUGAAAUUGCCACUUAAGCGGCCAUCUCGUUCCCGCGAAACGAUCAUUAAUGACGAACCGGUGUCCCCUCCCAGCAAAUCAGUUAGCGUUUCCUCGUCUCCCACACUUGUCCCCGACGACGCAUCGGACGACCCAGUCCCCGGUGGCAAAUUGGGCGAACCAAUCCCCUUCGACCUGGAUUCAGGAGAUCAUGACCAACCCGUGGAGAAAUCAAAGGCAGCCUACGGGAAGGCAUCAUAUCAAGCUAGAGGGAAGGAUGUGCCACCGGCUGCCGACGACCAUAUCCCACUUCUCAACGCUCAAAGAGUAAACAAAGUACCAAAGGUCGUUCACCACGUAGAAGAUGAUUUCGUCCCAGAGCAGAUCUCCAUGCAACCGUCUGAAGCAGCCCGGAUGAAGAAACUUCUGCGAAUGGAGGCCAUUCCAGCUGCGCUACAAACCUCCAGGAAUAGGCGCCCACCCUUGUUCCUCGUUCACGAUGGUAGCGGAAUUGUGACGCAUUACAGUCGUAUUGGAAACAUAGAUCGCGGACUUUGGGGCAUGUUUAACCCUCUCUUUUUUGAAAACAAACACUGGGAUGGUGUUGUACCAAUGGCGCAGGCGUAUGCCAAACAUAUACUGAACACGAGCACAGGGGACGCUCCUAUCCUGAUAGGGGGUUGGUCCUUUGGUGGAGUUUUGGCGUACGAGAUUGCCCGGCAGAUAAACGCUAGAUGCCCGUCGAAAGUGCUAGGGAUCCUGCUCAUCGAUUCUCCUGGGCCGAUUGCGCAUGUUCCGUUGUCCGACUCAUUGAUCGAUUCGGUUGUCGGUCUUGAGACCUCUAAAUCGAAGUCGACGUUGGCAAGGCUUGUUAAGAGGCAAUUCCAGACGAACUCCCGCAUGCUUGGGCGAUACGAUCCACUAGCUUCCAAUGCUCCCUGCCCUCCCAUUGCGCUGCUCCGGUCUAGUGAAGGUUUUAAUCCACCUGGCGUGGCGGACGUGCCUAUAUGGCUGGCUGAUCGCCACAAUACCGAGCUCGCCACCGAGGGUUGGAGAACGCUCUCGAAAGAUCCCAUCAAAGUCAUUGAUAUUCCUGGAAAUCACUUUGAACCUUUCCACCCUAAAAACAUUUCGGAAGUUUCCCGCUGUAUCGCUAUAGGCUGUGAAUAUCUAGAGAGAUUGUAA